AUGGAAACAGCUCUUUCGGCAUCCGACAUACGCGCCAACGCCUUACGAGAUUUUCGUGUCGAGGUCGAGGCGCUCGCCGGUCCUGUAGACCACGAACGAGUUCACUAUCGCCGAGCUCGCUGCGAACGUGCGGGGCACUUCCUCGGGCGCCCUGAGAUCCAGUAUCGCAAGCAUACUCGAGACACGGGGAGGUGGUUCAUCGUCUGUCGCCAGCAGCACCCGGGAGACGUACAAGGCUCUGGCACACUAUUCGAAUAUGUCUCUGGCCCAUUGAGUGCCGAUGACCUGCUUUAUCUUCGUAACAUCAAAGCCGCAACGGAUGCAUCGGUUGCUGACGCCAUCUCAGCCCGCAGAUAUGCGAAAGGCGUACGAAAACAGUCUUCAGGCACUGCUGUGGUGCGGUCCAUCUAUGAGUUAACAACUCCCAUGGCUCCUCGUCAGCCCCCAAAGAUGUCAAAGCGAGCACGCUCGCCGAGCCUGGAGAUAGUUGAGCCGGCGUCCAUCAUCUACCUUUUCCAUCAGAAGCGCGCACCUCCAGUCACACUCCAGCUUCCACUUGACCGUCAAGCGCUGACCAUUCGAUUGUCCGACUAUGACUCUCAACUUGAGAAUUACGGCGUCAAGUUGGCCGAUUCCGUUCACAUCCUCGUGGUCUCUGACGAAGACGGCGCAUCCCCGUUUUGGCUCUACAUGCGCGUGUGCGAGCUAUCCGUGCCCAUGGCAUGCAUGCCGCUGGUUGUGUCUAGUCAGGCGGCGCUUCCGUCUCCUUCGCGCGUGCGACGCCUGUACCAGCAUGCAUGCGAUGUCCGCAGUACGAUUUUCAUUGCGUACAAUCACUCUCGGGCGUUGACGCAUUUCUCUCACCAGAUAUCACCGCCUGAUUUGACGUCGUCGCAUCCAUCACUGUAG